UCCCGGGAAUCUCCGCGUCACGUGACUCACCCGGCGCCUCGCGCGCAGCCCCGCUCUCCGAAUAUUAAAAUGGCGGCGCCGCAUGGCGUAAAACUGAAGGAUUUAAAGUGUGAUUUGACGGACUGUACCGCAGCACAAGCGCAGCAGGACUCUCAGGUUGAAUUUGUGAAACGCGAUGUUCCCGUCUUCGAGCUGGAUGUGGGAAGGAUCUCCGAUGCUCUUCACGAAAGCCUGGAUCCGUCCAUUUUAUCCAUGUUUCAGGAGAAGACGCUGACGGAGAGCGUGGAGAGCGAGGCGUCGCUGCUGUCCGCUCUGACCGAGAUGUUGGACAGCGUGGACGUCGAGACACUGUCUCCAUUCGACACGCUGCCGGACACGGAGCUCUUCUCGGCUCAGAAGGGUUCGGAUCACAUGCUCAGGAAUCUGCUUCAUUUGAGUUCGUCAUCACCGGAUCGGCCCUCAAUCUCUGCAUCAGCAGCCGUAAAGAAGUCAGGAAGAGAGGUUGUGAUGUCAGACAGACAGUUGAGACCCCGUCGCAUUUUAGUGACCCAGAGUGAGAUUUCAAUCCGAUCUGUGAGAACCUUCCGGAUCGAAUCCGACCCGAUAUUCCCACAGGACUGCCGGGAAGCACUUGCAGAUUUAGUGAGAAGGAUGGAUGCGUGUUGCUUGAGGAUAUUGCGAAUGGACGGACGCGAGUCUGCGAGGAGAGUUGUUGAUGUAGAAGGUUACGAGGAACAGGACGAGAACAUUCUGGACCAAUCAGAAAAAGACUUGAAUCCAAAAGCGGAAACAAAUGCACAGGAAGAAAAUGCCACAACUUCAGACCAAAACGUUAAAGCGAUGGCUAAACGCAGCGCUUUAGUCAAAACCAGCGAUGCAGGACGGGUGAAGAAAACCGUGACUUUUGCGUUAAACUUAAUCUCCGUUCACGAGAUUCCACCCGACGAAGAGGAGACUCUCUCUAAAACCGACAUCACUUCCUCUCAGAAGCCCAAAGCGCUCAGUCUGGACCAGUACCGUCUCCUCAGACAGAACAGACAACCUCCGGAGGAGAAACAGAUGGACUUUCGGACCAAAUGGCCUUCGCUUCCCGACCUUCCCAACGAGCUUCCGCCAAUCCUGCCGAAGCUGACUCCGAACGCACCUUCUGUUAAACCGGAAACACCUCGAUCGCAGCCGCAGGGAGUCACACGUCCCUCUCGGAAGGACGUCAGGAAGGCUGUAGGUCUUUGCAUUGACCCUCCGAACCCGGUUUUAGUGCCCUUGAGACCCACACGACACACAAACUCGGCCUCAGAACCAGAUGCGUGUGUUUCUUGUGAAGAGGGUCAAGUCUCUGAGGUCAAACCUGAAACUUCAGAAAGGAGACCGAAGCAGACGACGUGUGGAGAAAUCGGGAUUGAAGCGGCUGAUCUGACCAGCCUUUUGGAGCAGUUUGAGACUCAAGGACUAACUCCACCCGCCACACCUCCACAUCAGAUCUGGAGGCCCCUGGCGUCGCUCAAAGGGACGAGACACGAAUCCAUCAAGCCGUCACCCAGCAAAACCAUUCAGAUAAUCGAACCUCGCCCACUGCCACGCAGUAAAACCCACUCAAAACCAUCACUUCCCACCUGCAGUCCAGCGCUGAAUCCCGCUCAGGCGUUCCUGGACCACGACUACUGCGGGAUUCAGAGUCCCGCUUAGGCGUUCAUGGACGCUCUGUCCGGUUCGGUGCUGCUGUCUCCUGACAGCUCCCCCUGCAGGAUGGAGGCGUUCGAGGAGGCGGAGUCUCUGAGGGGGCGGGGCUUGCACUUCUCCUCCCACUCUCCAAGGCCAUUGGACCGCGGAAGGCUGAAAAGGCGGGGCUAUGAAGGCAGAUACCGGCGCUCCAACUCAAGGUCUUGCUCCUCAUGUUCUUCGUCGUCUUCAUCAUCUUCAUCAUCAUCAUCUCGUUCCAGGUCUCCUUCACCACCCAGAAAACGGUACAGGUCCAGGAGGCAUUCUGGAAGCAGCUCCUCCUCGCGCUCCAGCUCACGCUCGUCUUCUCGCUCUCCUCCUCGCAAGCGUGGAUCCAGAUCACGAUCCGGAUCGUCACAUCGCUCUCGUUCGGGUUCGCGCUCGCCUGAGCCGGACUGGAGAUGGACGAGUCGCAGACAGAAGGAGCUCAACCGCAGACACGAAGAGGCUCGCAGACUCCGGCAGCAGAAAGCCAUCGAGGAGCGGAGGGUGGUGUAUGUGGGGGGGAUCCGUGGAAGCACGUCUCCGUCGGACCUCAGAGAUCGAUUCUCUCUGUUCGGGAAGGUGGAGGACUGCACCGUGCAUCUCAGGAGCCACGGAGACAACUACGGCUUCGUCACGUAUCACAGCACAGACGACGCUUACGCUGCUAUCGAGAACGGCGGUAAACUGAGGCGCCCAGACGAGCUUCCCUUCGACAUCUGCUUUGGCGGCAGACGACAGUUCUGCAAAUCCAACUAUGCAGAUUUAGAUUCCAGUCGAGAUGUGGCUCCGGCAUCCAGGAGCCGAUGCGAGUCGUUCGACUUCGACACGCUGCUGAAGCAGGCUCAGAGAGGACGGAAGAGUUAGCAGCACAGACGAUGAAGAUGUUCAUAAAUCAGAGACUCAGCAUUACCUCAGAGCAACAGAUUUCACCGGUGACCAGCUCAAAUGACCAGUUCAGUGGUCGACAAUAUAAUCUGGUUCACACUGGUUGAAAGGAACAUUCUGGGAUAAAGGGAUACUCCACCCCAAAAUGAAGAUUUUGUCAUUAAUCACACACCCCCAUGUCGUUCCAAACCCG